AUGGAAAAAAUAAGCUGGUGGUGGUCUGGAGCUAUUGGCGCUCGCAAGAAGAAAUUCCACCAAGAUGGAGCUCCGCGAAGCUUCCAGAACGUGGGACUCGUGGUCGGCGUGACGGGCAUCGUCGGUAACAGCCUAGCUGAAAUUCUGCCUCUCGUCGACACGCCCGGUGGACCAUGGAAAGUCUACGGCGUCGCACGGCGCUCCCGACCCGCGUGGAACGCCGACCACCCCAUCGAAUACAUCCAGUGCGAUAUCUCCGAUCCCAACGACGCACAAGCCAAGCUCUCCGUGUUGACCGAUGUCACUCACAUCUUCUACGUGUCGUGGACAAAUCGACACACGGAGGUCGAGAACUGCGAGGCUAACGGUGCUAUGUUCAGGAACGUCCUACGCGCCCUAAUCCCAAACGCUCCCAACCUCCGCCACGUGUGCCUUCAGACAGGUGCAAAGCACUACAUAGGACCUUUCGAGCUGUUGGGCAAGAUCAAGAGCCACGAGCCACCGUUCACGGAGGAUCUGCCGCGCCUGGACGCACCCAAUUACUUUUACACACAGGAGGAUAUUUUGUUCGAAGAGACUGCAAAAAAGGAGGGUUUGACAUGGUCCGUUAAUAGAGCUUUACCGAUCUUCGGGUUUUCCCCUUACAGUUUGAUGAACAUCAUCGGAACGCUUAGCGUUUACGCCGCAAUUUGCAAGCACGAGGGGCUUCCCUUGAGAUUUCCCGGCACCAAAGAAGCGUGGGAAUCUUAUUCUGCUGUUUCCGAUGCUGAUUUGAUUGCGGAGCAGCACAUUUGGGCUUCGGUGGAUCCUUAUGGGAAAAACGAAGCCUUUAACUGUAGCAAUGGAGAUAUUUUCAAGUGGAAGCAUCUGUGGAAGGUGUUGGCCGAACAGUUUGGGAUUAAGGAUUAUGGGUUUGAGGAGGGUUCUGAUUUGAGGUUGUCGGAGAUGAUGAAGGACAAGGGUCCUGUGUGGGAUGAGAUUGUGAGGGAGAAUCAACUUCAUCCCACUAAGCUUGAAGAGGUUGCUGAGUGGUGGUUUUCAGAUCUUACAUUGGGAGGUGGGGGCCUUUUAGAUAGCAUGAACAAGGCCAAAGAACAUGGCUUCUUGGGAUUCAGAAACACAAAGAAUUCAUUCAUAGCUUGGAUAGAUAAGAUCAAAGCUUACAAGAUUGUGCCUUGA